ACCUAACGUUUUUAGUUUUUUAGUUUAAUAAUCUGCUUUCGUUUUGUAACCAUAACUGGAAUACCAAAAUGAGUUCAAAAACGAAACAGAAAAAGCUCUAAGUUUAAAUCCAUUGUAACAAAUUCAAAAGUAGUUAAUUAGAAGUACCCAUUUUGUUAUUUCCUGGAACACCAUUAUAAUUUGAAAAUGGCACUUGAAAAUAGCAACCAAUGUCAAUCAAAACUGAGGGAGUUGGUUCUCCAAACUCAACAGGCAUAUUUAUCUGAGACAAGAAGCAAUCCAUUUUUGGAUUCAGUUUUUCAUAGAUUAGAAGAAAUUGAUUAUGAUGAAACUUUCUUCAAAGUUGCUGAAGAGCAUGCUAAAGUUUUAAAGGAUGUAAUAAGACAUAAUAAUCAAAGAUAUAAGAAUCUUAAAUUUAGAUCACCAGAAGAAUGUAUAUCUUACUACACAGCUAAAAUAUUUUUUGACAAAAUAUCGCUAUAUCAGAAUUUUUCUUGUCCAUUCAGUAUGAAUCAUGAGUUUCCAAUUAAAACUUUGCCAAUUCAGGCUUUUUUGAAGGAAGAUGUUGAAGCUAGAUCAAAAUUUGAAAAGACUCUCAAGCAAUAUGACAUUCUGUAUGUCGAAGUUUUAAAAACUUCAACUGCACUACAGCUUCAGCCAAUCGACAGUGAAAACGCAGAGUAUGUAGAAUUGCGUAUCAUUGGCAAAGUUAAUUUUAAAGAUAAUAUAGAUAAUGAGUUUUUGUACCAUCUAAAUAGCCAUGUUUUUAUGUUCAAGAAUUUAGAAUUAAAACGAUUGGGUAGAGCUGAAUUUUCUAUUUCUGAAGUUUUUAAAGUUACAGUGUUAGGAAACCCAAAGGUUACUCCUAAAAUUUUUGUGACAACAAAUAUGGAUGCCUUACGAAUUCCAUAUAGUCAAAAGAACUCUAUUGUUUUAGGUGCUGUUCCGCCUAAAGAUGUGCCUUUUGAUCUUACCUCGUAUGAAAUUGCAAGCGAUUUUCAAGGAUAUUCUAACUACUUGCGUAGUCAGCCGAAAUUUUAUCACACGCAUAACUUUAAAAAUGAGAUGGCUUCGGUUGGAUUCAAUUCGUUUUGCAUUCCUGGAGACUGUAUGAUCAUUCCUAGAAAUAAAACUGCAGCCAGUUUGUCUGAAAGUGCAAAAUUAGCUCUGCACGAUGAUGCCUUAGCCCAUUUAGCUAAAGCUAAAAAAUUUGUUGAGGAUGCUGACUUCAAAAGUGCUGAAGAUGCAUUUGAAAGUAGUUUAAAAUGCUGGCCCGAUUUUUAUAAAGUGUAUGAAAUGAGAGGUCAAAUGUAUCUUGACCUGUGCAAGAAAAAAAAUAGAAGAGGAAAAUUUCUUUAUAAAGCAGUGAUAAAUUUUGAAACAGCACUUGAGAUUAAUCCCAGUACACUUGAGUCAAAAAAGUGUUUAUCAAAGAUUUUCAGCUAUGUAUCAAAGAGGUUAGUUAAAAACAAAGAACAUGAUUCAGCAAAAGAAUUAGUACAAACUAGUUUGAAGCUUUUCCUCAAAAAUAAUGAAGCAACUACUGUGCUUCGAUGUAUUGAUAAUGCCACUUAUGUUGUAAUUGAAGAUGAUGCAGAUCUCCAGAUUUUGAAGAUGAAAAAGAAACUACUUAAAAAAGAAUUGGAAAAAGAAACACAAAUGGACUAACAUUCUGAUUCUAUAAAAGAUGAUAUAAAUAUAUAUGACACUGACAUAUAUGAACUUAGAAUUUAUUUAGAUAUUUGUUAGCCUUACUAUGCUACAAUUUACAGUUGAUUAUUUUUCUGUAAGAUUCAUGAAAUGUAGAAUUUUUUAUAAUGAUGUCAUGGGAUAUAAUUGAAGUUCCAAGAACUGUUUCUUUCUGUAAUUAAAUUUUCCUAUUUUUUAAAUGUUACUUUAUAUUUAAGUUAUUGUUUAAAUAUGUCUUAGUUUCAGAAAAACAACUGUUCUAUAAGAAAGAGAUAUCUGUGUGUUAUAAGAGAAGUGCCUCUUUCAUGUUUAUAUGCUUAUUUAAUAAUGUAGCUGAUCUGUUUCAACUGUUUUUUUUUUACUCUUUGUUUAACUGUUUACAUUUUGACAAUUGUUGUACUGUGCUUACCAUGCAAGUUGUCUUUUUUUUAAUGUUAUACAGAGUCAUAACUUUUUUCAAGAUUGAUUAUUUUACAGUGAUUUUACUAGUGCAAUAAAUAUUGUUUUUUUAUGUUAUGUUUACCCUAUGAAGAUUUCAAGGCACAUUUAUUUUGCAAUACGAAGCUUACCUUUAUUGUUUUCUUAUUCAGUAAAGAAUUACUGUGUUACAUGAAAAUGUAAUCUAAUUAGCACAAUAAAUAUUGUCUUUUUA